GAUGGACUAGAGUCGGACCUUUUUAUCCGAUGGGAGACCAUUACCAGCAAGGCAAGUCUAGAGAAGAAUGGUCUCAGGGUCCAAAUAAAAGGUUCGAUAUUUUCGGAAUUCAUCCAAACGAAAUUUCUAAUCUAGAAAUUUUAUUUGGAGAAAAUUCUUACGGCCUUGCUGAUAAAUGCAGGAAGUGUUCAAAGGGUGACAGGACCAAGUUGGGGAAGGAUGAAGCACCAAAUUUCUCCAACACUGGUCCAGAAUUAUUAAAUCUCUUUGAAAUUCACUCACAUGAAGUUUUAUGCACAUUUAUUAUCAAAAGAUGGAAAUCAAUAUUCUUUGAUACUCCAGUAGCUAAGAAAGCUA